GAUUCUGAGCUUAUUCGUAUUACACUCAUUGAUUACUUUUCAUCCGCAAUCCUCAUCGAUAGCUUGGUAUACCUUGAUGUGGAGAUGAGUCACUAUAACACACAAGUCAUUCAAUUGCGGUGGACACUUGGCUGAUUGAAUCCGCGAAAGCAGAAGUCGCGUAACAGAUGAAGGAAGCCCAGGCGCCAAUCGUCGAAUCGACCAACAUGGGUGCAACUUCCACCGAACAGACGCCGCGGAAGGGGCGAAAAGGCUCAGGUGCACUGUCACUUAAGACUCUAGCGAUGGUGAGACUAGGCAGGGAAACUCAAGCAAGUGGAAAGAAGGGGAAUUAUAACUUGGAAGAUGCACUAGCCGCAAGGGAAUGGCUCACUCAUUACUUUGAACUGAACCGCCAGCCUAUACUCUAGAUACAAGACGUAGCGCAAGGAAACCAAAGAAGUUCGGCUCCGGCGGUAACCAGCAAUGCCCAGUCCCUUU